AUGGUGAUGACCCUCAAUGAUAUUUUAGAAAAACGGGGUGAAAUUAGAGAAUAUUUGGAAUUAUUCGGUAGUGCGGAAGAAAACAUUGCUAAUAUUUGGGCAGAACAGGGAAAAUGUACGACUUACUUCAAAGGAAUUGACACAGAGUUAAAGUACUACAAAAAGUCUCUUGAGUUGUUCGAUAAAUACAACAUUGAUGCAAUUUUACGACAAUCUAAUAUUACUCCUGGAAAAAAUUACACUUAUCAAGAAAUAUCCGAUGCUGUUUUGAAGGGCAUUAAUGGCAAAACACCGAUUAUUCAAUGUGGACACAUUGAUGAAGUAAACAUCGACAAUCCUUUUCAACGCAAGGACAGGUGUAAGCGCGAUCAAUUAAUCUAUUAUCAAGGUACUCAGGAUUAUAUAAAUUGUGACAGGGAAUUUGAAUUCCCGCGGUACUCAGUUUGGAUUAUCGUGUCCCGGUGA